AAUGAAAUGACAGAAACAUUUAUUUCAAAGUACUUCUAUCGGAUCAUCACUAGCCGUUGUCAAGUUGCAACGUACCGAUUGAAAUUAUUAUUUAUUUUAUCAAAAAUGGAUAUUUCUGCUUUGUCGGAAGAUACAUUCUCUUCAAUUGAUUGGAUCAAUUCAAACUUUAAUAAAUUUUUAGAGGAAGAAGCAGCCGAAUACAGGAAUACGGGAGACUUGCCCGACAGGAGUGGCAACGACUCCUUGCCUAUGCAUUUCAUUGAUAAAUACGUAUCCAAAUUACAUUUGUAUAUACAACAAGUUCAUUGCGCUGUCGAUGAAACUGGACAAAAGUUGGUAUCUAGUAUGCCUAGAGUUAUCAAGGACGCUGUUUUCCUUCAAACUGAAGUAGAGGAAUUGAAAAAACGAAUGCAUGAAAUGCGGGUAGAAAUGACCGUUGUCCAAGAGGAAACAGGUGAUUGUAUGGCUGCAUUGGAACGUUUAAAUACUAUACAGUCAAAACUUCAAAAAGCCAAGGAAUCCCUACAAGAAUCGGAUGGCUGGGGAAAUCUAAUAUGCGAAUUGGAGGAUUGUUUUGAGCACAAUAACUUGAUGGGCGCAUUUGAAAAAUUACUAAGCUUACAAAAGUCGUUACAAGUUCAAGAACAGUUAUUAGGGCACAAUGAAAGGCUCGCACAAGUGGAAGACUUCAAAAAUCGACUUGAAGCUUUGGCCUCCCCAUAUGUGGUUCAGAGCUUUGCAGAAAGUGAUUUAGAGAAAGCAAAACAAUAUAUACAUAUAUUUUCUGGAAUACAACGUGUUUCCCAAUUGGAACAAUACUAUCGAGCAGUUCAGAAAAACUCUUUACAACAAAAAUGGAAACAAAUUUUGGAUACCCACGCAACAGAAAACACAAUUCAGCAUCAAUUUCUUUCAAUAUUCUAUAUACAUUUGUUGGAACAUAGCCAGCAGCAAGUAAGAUGGUGUUCAGAAGUAUUUGAUAACUCGCAAGCAAUUUUCCAGCCAAUCAGUGUAGUAAUAGAACUGUUACCAUCGCUACAACCAACACGUGAAAACUAUGUGUUGCAGUUGCUUAAAUCUUCUAACGAGAGACUUGAACUUUUAGAAGAGUGUGCCCAGGCGAACCAUAAGUUUAUGUCGCAUUUAACGACAUUCAUAGACCAAUCAAAACUUCAAAUAUCGAAAGAAAUUAAACAACAAAUAGUGCAAUCCGUUUAUGGAUUUUUCCAAAAUUUUAUAGACCAAUAUCCACGAAUAGAGGAAACAAAUUUAUCUGCACAAGUGGAUAAGAUGUUAGUAAGCCACGGUUCAGCGGGGGACAUGGUGCGACAUCUGGAGACAUGUAAUCAAAAAAUUAUCGAUUGGCUUUGUGAGUCUAGUGAACGUUGUAGGAAUAUAACAGACGAUUUAGCGUUAUGUAAACUAAUUGAAAUCGUUAGCGGAAUUCUGAAAAAAUGUUUGGAUAAUUUUUUGAAAACUCAAAGACAAGUUGCUUUGAGUUUAGCUAGUGGGACCGAAAAUUGGUUAGCAUUACAAAGUUCUAUGUCACUUUUACAAUGUCUGGCAGAUUUUCAAAUAAAACUAAAUAAGUUUGAAAAAACUCUGCAGAACCGAUUGAUUAAACUGAAGGAAACCAUUAUUUCCACGAAAUCCGAUAAAAUAUUUAAUAUAGUCGACAUUUUGGAUAUUCAUGAGCAAAAGAAUUUAGUAAAUAUUAUUGAAAAACUCCAACAGAAUUCUGUUGAGAUUAACGAGCCCUCCAAACUUUUCGCUUCUAUAUAUGCUCAGGUUAAAACACUUUGCGAAGAUACCCAUGAAAUAGCUUUAAACAUUUUAUUAAAGCCUGUUGAGGAACAUCUUUUAAAUAUUGAGCCUUCCCAACAUUUGAAUUCAGAUUCACUAUCAGCAACUAUGCCGGAAUUCAGUUUUGUACCUCAAGAAAGUAUCACACAAAUCGGGCAAUAUCUUUUAACUCUACCUCAACAUCUAGAACCUUUAUUAUUUACACCAUCGGCUUUACUAAAACAAGCAUUGGAGAUUUGUAAUGCAAAAUAUACACAAUCUAUUCCUUGCGCUGACAUAUUGCUGUCCUUAGUAGUGGAGCAAUGCUGUCAAUUAUAUCAAUCCCAGAUAUUACAAGUAAAAGUUAUGCCCGUUAGUUCUUCUAAACAAUUUGCUGUCGAUAUUGAAUAUUUAUCAAAUGUUUUAGAAGAAUUGGGACUUAAUAUCAGUACUAGCUUAUCACAAAUUUUAGUUUUACUUAAAGCUGAUUCCGGAAAUUACUUGGCCUUGAGUGUUGGGUGUGAACCACGAUUGGUAACGGCUAUACGGCAAAUGCGCAAUAUUGUGUCGACUCAGUAGGAAUUGAGAUAUUAUUUUGUUCAAGGUUGAGCUCAUUUUCCCAAAAUGUUGGUUAUAUAAUGUCGUUGAUAAAAAGCCAGGCUUUUUAAGACAUUUUGAAAGUUAUAAAAUUUUGUCUAAAAA